UGUUAUUCUUCGCUUGGCUCUCGCAACUCGCUCCUUUUCCCACCACCAUCAUGAUAAAUAAUACAACUACUCCACAGAUUCGCUGAGAUAUUUCCGCUCGCAAGCCUUCCCCAGUCUCCACGUGUAAGCGCUAGGAGAUGACUAGAUACCCGAAAUACCCCAUUAUUCUUAUGGAUCUCAGGUCUGAUAUAAAAGACAACUCUCCCCUCGUGAUCUGAUACCAUGUCCUCAACAUCAAACCCAUCCGUCACCUCCAAACCCACCAAGAAGCCCGCCGCCAUGGACAAGACCGUCCUCUUCCUCCAGCUGGUAUCCAAAAUCCCGCUUAUGGCCCGGGUGGCCCUGCUUCACAUGUUGCAGACCUCGCCGGCGUCAAAAUACCAGGAUUUGCGGACGGAACUCAUCAUCGCCAUGCUCCGCUCGUUUAUAGAUGUCCCCAAGCCUAAGAGUAUCACUUCUACGCAGAAGAUACUUUCGACAGCACCCCCGAUUAGCGGCACGAUAUGGGUCAGCAAGUACACUCUACCCAUCCCAACGGAGGAGGAUGCGCGCGCCAUCCAUGACACCUUGAACAAGGUCAUCGACGGGCUUCAAGACCGUGACCAACCCAAGACGGCCAGGAUCCAACUACCCGAAGUCCUUCCCGUGGAGGCAGAGUGGACAGCACACAGGCCAGGCGUGCCAAAGGACGCGAAGCUGCCCGAUAUCCCAGAACGGGAGAAGUACGACGAGAUGAUGAAAGACGUCAAGACCCCGACCACAGUCCUCUACUUCCACGGCGGCGCCUACUGGCUCAUGGACCCGGCCACACAUCGGCCUACGUGCAGAGAACUGGCCAAGCGGACCGGCGGCAGAUGCUACUCGGUGCGCUACCGGCUCGCACCCCAGAACCCGUUCCCGGCCGCGGUCAUGGACGCCCUAGUCUCGUACCUCGGCCUACUCUACCCACCUGCCGACGCCUUCCACGAAGCCGUGAAGCCCGAGCACAUCGUCAUCGCCGGCGACAGCGCAGGCGGCAACCUCUCCCUCGCGCUCCUCCAGCUCAUCAUGCAACUGCAGCGCUCCGGCACCACCGUGUCCUGGCUCGGCGAGGAGCGCUCCGUCCCCUUACCCGCCGGCGUCGCCGUCAACUCGCCCUGGAUGGACAUCACGCACAGCUCGCCCUCGUGCGUCACCAACGCCCCCUUCGACUACCUCCCCAGCAUCGAGGUGCAGGAAAAAUCCGAGAAGGGCCGCGACCCGUGCUCGGCCUGGCCAGCCAACCCGCCGCGCAUGAGCAUAUACGUCGCCGACGACUACAUCAUGCACCCGCUCGUGUCUCUUUUGCUGGCGCCCAGCUGGCGCGGCGCGCCGCCGACGUACAUCUGCACGGGUUGGGAGAUCUUGGCGGACGAGGACAAGUUCACGGCGGCACGGUUCCAUGCCGAGGGGGUUUCUGUGACGUUUGAGGAGUACGAGGGUAUGCCGCAUUGCUUUGCUAUGUUGUUGAAGAAUCUGAGGGAGGCCGAUAGGUGUAUGGAGGGAUGGUCGAGGUUUAUUGCAAGGGUUACGAAGCCGACGGCCUCUGAGGGAGGGUUUGAUGGUGAUGAUGAUAAGCAGAAGAGCACGACGAGGAGUACGUUUACCACGAUCAAGUCGGGGACUUUGGAGGAGAAGAAACUGGAUCCGACGACGUUGAGCCCGUAUACGGAGGAGGAGAUUAGAGAGAAGAUUAGGAGGAGGGUAGAGUUGAAGUGCGUGCCGGCUACGGAGGGAGAUGUUGCAAAGCUUUGAAUGACGGGUUGGGGGAAGUCUUGGGUGUGGUCGCUGGGCAAAGAGCUCUCAGCGUUGUGAUUAGGUCGUUGGCGAUCGGUGUUGACAUUGUGCACAUAGAGGAGCUUGGAGGUUGUUGACUAUAUAUACCAUGAUACCUAAUGAUAUUUCUGGAUGCGAUGUUGUACAACUUGUUUUCUUUUACACGUGGAAGACAUGUAUGCGGUUCGGUGACCGAUGUCUUCCGAGAUGUCUCGCAGCGUGUAAGUGUUAGUGGCAUACACGGCGCUACCUCCAGGUGAACUCCACAAUCACCAUCUUCUACUUUCUGUCAACAUUCACAACACAACAAAACACAACAAGCAUACACCUAGCCCGUCACUAAGCGCCUGGUGGAAACGCCAAGGAUCGAGACUUGAACUACUUGGGCUGUGUUGGGAAUUUGGCCGAGUUUUGGUGGAUAUGAAACCACAAAGAAGUUCCGUCGUAUAUA